AUGGACGCGAUUGCUGAGGAUAAUCAACACGGUGCCACUGCUUCAGAAGAUCCAGUCUUGAGGAAUUUACGCGUCAAAGCGGAGGCUGCGAUGCCCUUUCUCCAAGAUGGCCUCUCAACUUAUGCUAUUCAAAGGCAUACGUCGAGCGUGUCUUUGAGAUAUGCCGGCUCAGUUAAGAAAUACUUCGCCGCUCUUCUGUCUCUGCCUAUUGAUGGUAGGGAAGGAGAUCUUGUGGCUUAUAUUAUCGUCAAUGUUAUAAAUUUUAUUAAGGCAUCGUUAGUGAUACUUAUGAAAUUGAGGGGACCACCUAUAACUUCAGGGAAAAUUGAGGACAUUCUUUCGGGGGAGGAACUGGCACUCUUCAUGAGAAUUGUAUUUGAACAGUUCAAAGAGAUUUUUUAUAUCGAGAAUAAUUUGAUUGAUUCUGCAGAAAAUGUUGUCUACAUGAUGAUCCUGCUCAACAUCAGGUCAAUGUGUAACAAUGGACUAGUGGACCCUGCUAGUAUUUCUUCUUGGAUAGCGAUGUCAAAUGUGCUGAAGAAUAAAGAUGGUUUUGGGAGUCGAUACUAUAGUUUCUUGAGUGACAGAAAAGCAUUCGGUAUCACCUUCGACCACAAGAAACAUCGUUGCGAAUACCUUGUGAUCUAUAGAAAGGAACAAGAGAAUCGAAACGAUUUACGAUAUAUUCUAUCUUCCCCAGAGAAAUUUCCAGAUUUUGAACAAUCCAAAAAUUUUACAUCUCGAGAUAUCUCCAAUUAUCGGGAGCUUACCGAGAAAGUAUUCAUGUCUUUUAAACGAUCAGAGCAGUCCAGAGAGAAUGCAUCACUCUAUUCUCCUGUGAGUUCCUGCGAAUAUUCGGAGAAUCUGGAGACACUUCACAGAAAAGAGGAUGGUCAAAUUGAUAUGCCUUGUGAGAAACAAUUUCGGAAGGAACAUGCAAAAGCUUUGACAGAAUUUGUGGGACAAAGAGCUAGAGAUGCACAACUUGAUCUACCACCAGCGCAACACGAAGAUGGUUUGGAGGACGGCAGUAACGUUUCGCCCGUAAUUACUGUGGAAGACGCCUUGUACACGGAGCUUGAAACUGCCUUUGAAAAGAAUCUUCAAGAUGUUACAGAGGAAGGUGAACCUGCAACAGAAAGCGUUGAUGAGUCUGGGAACGAUGUUGAAUUU